AUGCAUUUGUUUAUUGAUGUUCUUCAUUGGGAAGGAGAAAAUGUGAUUUGCGAAGACCGCAGCUGUGAAGCAGCAGAUCAAGUGAAAGUAAAGUUAUGUGAUAUUCCACAAAUUUUACAGUGCAACUCAAAAACAUAUGAGCUUAGAGGAGUACUAAGCUUCAAAGCCGGCAAAACGAAGCUGAGAAAUUCAAUAGGGCAUUAUUGUGCUUUCGCAAAACGAGGGACAAGCAAUUGGGAACAGUAUGAUGAUAUGAAGAAAAAACCAAUUCCUAUAAAAAGUACAAAAGUUGUAAAUUGCGAAUUUCUUGUAUACACAAUAUAG